AUGAUAGCGGCGGAAAAAAGCUUAGCUGGGUUUAAAUCAUUACUCGUGAUUAUUGUGCUGACAUCAUGCUGUCUACUAGGAUUUGCUUCAAGGUUGUUUGCGGUCAUCCGAUUCGAGAGUAUUAUCCAUGAAUUCGAUCCAUGGUUCAAUUAUCGUGCGACACAUCAUAUGGCUGAAAAUGGAUUUUACAAUUUCCUCAAUUGGUUUGAUGAACGUGCUUGGUAUCCGUUGGGCAGAAUUGUCGGUGGAACCGUCUACCCUGGACUGAUGAUAACUGCUAGUAGCAUUCAUUUCAUCCUUAACAGUCUUAACAUAUCCAUUCAUAUUCGUGAUAUUUGUGUAUUCCUAGCUCCAAUUUUCAGUGGAUUUACGUCCUUAGCUGCUUAUGGUUUAACAAGAGAGUUAUGGAAUGAAAGGGCUGGUUUAUUGGCCGCUGUCAUGAUGGCUAUCGUACCUGGCUACACAUCACGUUCUGUUGCUGGUUCUUAUGAUAACGAAGGCAUAGCUAUCUUCGCCUUAAUCUUUACCUACUUUCUGUGGAUUAAAUCGAUCAAAACUGGGUCUUUAUUUUGGUCAAGUUGCACUGCGCUGUCUUAUUUUUAUAUGGUAUCUGCAUGGGGUGGCUAUGUUUUUAUUAUUAACUUGAUACCUCUGCAUGUUUUCGUUUUACUGCUAAUGGGCAGGUACUCAAAGCGCAUAUACAUAGCUUAUACGAGCUUUUUCAUAUUGGGAUUGAUCAUGUCCAUGCAAAUUCCAUUUGUUGGAUUUCAACCUGUGCGAACGAGCGAGCACAUGGCUGCUGCAGGUGUUUUCGCUUUACUGCAAGCCUACUCUGCUCUUUUAUUUAUCAAAUCCAAUUCGACUGCUGUUAACCUUGGUAGACUCAUCUUGUUCGCUACGGUUGGAGCUGCUGGAUUUGUAUUUCUCGUUGUUGUUACACUCACAUAUGCAGGUUAUAUUGCCCCUUGGAGCGGUCGAUUUUAUUCACUUUGGGAUACCGGUUACGCCAAAGUACACAUUCCAAUCAUUGCGUCUGUAUCAGAGCAUCAACCAACGACAUGGGUUUCCUUUUUCUUCGAUCUUCACAUCAACAUAUGCAUGUUUCCCUAUGGUGUUUGGCUAUUAAUCAAUAACAUUAAUGAUGAAAGGGCCUUUAUCGUUUUAUACGCUGUAUCAGCUGUCUAUUUUGCUGGCGUGAUGGUUCGACUUAUGCUUACCUUGACUCCCGUUGUUAUCAUACUAUCAUCCAUUGCGUUUUCGACAACAUUCGAUAAAUAUUUGUAUUACGAUGAAGAUGAAGAAGAAGGUGACGAAUCAGAGAAAGAAAAGAAAGAGAUUGUGUCCCCAAGGAAAAGGGAUAAAGCUAAGCAAAAGGAGGUAACUCGAUCUAAAUUUUACAUUGGUGAUGUAGGAGCUAAUACUAAAAGUAUGGUCGUCAUGGUGCUUGCUAUGCUAUUAAUGAUGUUUGCAGUCCAUAGCACUUGGGUGACUGGCUCUGCAUAUUCUAGUCCAUCUGUAGUUUUAGCAUCAAGUAAUCCUGAUGGGAGUAGAACGGUUCUUGACGAUUUUAGAGAAGCAUAUUAUUGGCUACGCCAAAACACGCACGAAAAUGCAAGAAUUAUGUCCUGGUGGGAUUAUGGUUAUCAAAUUGCUGGCAUGGCAAAUAGAACAACUCUUGUAGAUAAUAAUACAUGGAAUAACAGCCAUAUUGCACUGGUUGGCAAAGCAAUGUCAUCAAAUGAAACCGCUGCUUACAAAAUUAUGAGGGAACUUGAUGUCGAUUAUGUAUUAAUUAUAUUUGGUGGGGCGAUCGGCUAUAGUGGUGAUGAUAUUAACAAAUUUUUGUGGAUGGUAAGAAUAGCGGAAGGUGAACAUCCAAAAGAAAUUAAGGAAUCGGAAUAUUUUACACCAAAUGGAGAAUUUAGAGUUGAUCGUUUAGGUUCACCAACACUAUUAAAUUGUUUAAUGUACAAGAUGUCGUAUUGGAAGUUUGGAUUAAUGCAGAUGGAUUUUAGAACCCCAAGUGGCUAUGAUAGAACCCGAAAUGCUGAGAUUGGAAAUAAAGAUUUUACACUGGACGUCCUUGAAGAAGCUUAUACUACAGAACACUGGCUCGUUCGUAUUUACAAAGUCCGAGAGCCAAACAAUCGUGUAAAAAGUUUACAAAUUAAGCGACAUGAAAGUGGCAUCAAAAAGAAAACUAAAUAUUAUAGUAAAAAGUCUAGCAAAAGAAAACGUGGUCAAAUAAAAAAGAAACUAAAAAUAGUAAAGGGCAAGAAACUUAGAAAGAGUAAAUCGAAAGGGAAAAAGAAGAACCUGUAA